CACCAAAUGAAAAUUACUAUGAACAGCUGCUCAUUAGAGCUCAGACCUUUGAACUUAAAAACAACUGUCACAUCGCUAUAAAACUGAUAAAAUUUACAUAAAGUUGCAUAAAAUUACUUCUUUAUUUUUGUAUCUUUAAUUGAAACAUUUACAAAAAUUAAACAUUAUCAUGUUAAGUAUGUAAUAAUCAUAGAUAAACAAGUUUGUAGUGAUUCACUCUGUUAACGAAAAUUUCAGUUUUUUUUUUCAAAUCCAAUAAUAACUUAAACUGGGUUCAUCCGAGCUUUUAACCGAGGGAAUCACAGAAAAUAAUCACCAUUAAAAAUACCUUCCAAACAAAUUAAUAAAAUGGUUAAACAAUAUUUCCAAUCCAAUAUUAUGACACUCGGGAUUGUACUUGCCAACUGGUGGAUCUUCAAAUUGUGAGGCUGUUUGUUCUCGUUUUGUUUAAAUUCAUUUAUAACUGAUAAGAAAUUCCCAGAUACAAACGUAUCCACGAAGUGCUUUAGAACAAAAAUAAAUAUAGAUUCGAUCUGAUUAAAUUUUAUUAUCAAUGGGAAUUCCGUGUUAAGUUUAUCAAAAACUUGUAAGCUCAUUGUUUUAUUUUUGUUUGCCAUCAGUAAUUCAAAUAAAAUAGAUUUGCAUAGAUUUUCAAGAAGAACAUAAAAAUAUCUGAAUUAAUAUAACAAUGAUUUUACGAAGUGAAUUAAUAGUUUUUGUGAUAAUUGCAUUGAUUGUUCAAAAAUCCCUAGCUCAACAUCCAAAUGUACCCUGUCCUAAUAUAUUUCAAUAUGCUCGUGCUGGUGAUAAGAAUAUUGGACUGAUAACCAUCAAUAAAGUAAACUAUGGAGAAACUGUGGUGGAAGUUGAAUUGUCCCAAUCUGGAUCAUUAGGCUCGGAUUACGCUGGAAGUAUAAAUUUAAAUUUCGAUAGGGAUAGAAUUUUUGAUUAUAUAAAAUCAGGAAGUGCAAUAACGUAUAAAGUUGAUUUUCCAUCUCAAAAUGUUAUUCCACAAGUGACUAGUAUUUGGUUAAAUGGUGGCCAAAUAUGUGUUGGACCUAAAGUUUCAUCACCUAGUACAACAGUUAAAUUGAAGCACACAUUAACAGCUGAAGGUACAUCGCCUGUUCCAGCGUCGAAUACACCUCAAUUUAGUCCACCAACAUGGAUGCAAAAUAUGCCUUUGACUAUGUCAACAAGUCAUCCCAGACCAAGCUCAAGUUUUGGUUAUCCAUCCUUUUUGAGGCUUAACGUUUCUCAACCGAAGAAUACAGGCUUAACAGAUAUCAGUAAUCCCUUCUUCAGCGGCAACAAUGAACUUUCUAGUAGGCCAACUUUUAGCCAACUAAGAGAUCUACCUUGGGAAACUUCAACAAGAGGUCCAAGGCCAAGACAUCACUUUGAUUAUCCGAGCUAUUUAAGUUCUACUGUUGAUCAACGGAAGAAAAACAACUCCAGAGAUAACAGCAAUCCAUUCUUCAAUGGCCAGAGCGAUUUACAUAAUUUUUUGACAAGGAUGACACCAACGACAACGACAACUACAACAACCCAAAGACCGACUUAUGACCCAAGAUAUAUACCAGCUUUUCUGGGAAUUAGACCUUCUACAACUACAACCACUACCCCUCCCCCUCCACCUACUACAACUACAACCACUACGACAACAACAACAACAACUGAAAGAUCACUUUCAUACUUUGUACCAGAAACAGGACAACGUUCAAGCGUUAUGCAAGAACCAGGAUCAAUGUCUCAAUUUAUGGAAAAACCAUCUGAAUGGCAAUACACAGAAUCGGUUUGUGGCCAAGAGAACUUCAAUUUUAAGGUUAAAAAUCUUGCUGUCAAUGGCAAAGAUGUGCCACGAUCAAGAUUUCCUUGGAUUGUCGCACUAUUUAAGAAAAAUGUUGGAUCGCUUGCAUUCCAAUGUGGUGGCAACCUCAUAUCAACACGGACGGUAAUCAGUGCGGCUCAUUGCUUUUAUUCAGGAUUUGUGGAAAUCGAAGAAGAAAAUAUUUUGGUAUCCAUGGGAAGACAUAACCUCACCGAUUGGUCUGAUUCGUAUAUAAUUCAUAGCGAUGUGGAGAGAAUAAUUCGGCACCCAGACUACAGGCCAGAAAUUAUAAGUAACGAUGCAGAUUUAGCGAUAAUGCAGCUUAAGACAAGUGUGACAUUUUCAUUUGCAAUACGACCGGUUUGUCUGUGGAAAGGCCGUCUAGAUGUUCGGGACAUUGAAGGCAUUUCAGGGAUUGUUGUUGGUUGGGGAAAAGAUGAAAACAAUCACAAUCUCACCUCUGCACCCAGAUUAGUUACAGCUAAUGUGGCUUCUGAGUUGGCUUGUAUAAAAUCUAAUGCUCAAUUAUAUUAUCUAACCUCAAAUCGAACACUCUGCGCGGGUAAUCGUGAUGGAUCGGGGCCGUGUAAUGGAGAUUCUGGAAGUGGCUUAAUGAUACGAAAUAGAAACAAAUGGAUGUUAAGAGGAACUGUUUCGGCUGCACUAAGUACGGCAACUAAUACGUGUAAUCUUGAAGAAUACGUUGUAUACACAGAUAUUGCUCAGUUCCUUGGAUGGAUCUAUUCAAAUAGUGUAUUAUCCGUUGAAUCCUGCUCUGCACUGUGCAUUGUUCCACUGGCCGACACAGUUGAAGCCGAUUCGACAUCUUGUGAUCCUAAGGAGGAAACCUGUUCGAAAGCUGUAUCAGUAUCGGAUCUACCAUCAGCGAAAUUUUGUUCGGAAGCUGUGUCUGUUGAAGAUGUGUUCUGUAACGCAUUCACUUCACAUUCUGUUUCAGCUUUAGCUGAGACAGUCGAGUGGUCGUUUACAAUAUUAAGUCUCGAUAGUGCAUCUGCUACCACAUUUGAUUUUCCAGGCUUAAAGAAAAAAACAAUGGUCAAACGGUGUGUCCUUUUUUUCCUAUUGUUUACAUUAUUUUGUGACAACUCACUAUCUGCAAUUUAUCCGCGUGUUCCCUGUCCGGAUAUAUUUCGAUAUGAGCAAAAUUUUGGUGAUUAUACUGGACUUAUAACUUUGGAGAAUUUGAAGUACGGAGAAACUGAAUUAGAAAUUGAACUUUCACAACCAGGAACAAUAUUUCCGGGCGCUGAAGGCUAUCUUAAUUUAAACAUCGAUGAGAAUGAAAUUACGGACUACAUAAGAUUAGGGAGGCCAAUUACUUACAAAGUGGAUUUCCCUCUUCGAAAUGUUAUACCUCAAGUUAGUUCUAUAAAAUUAAAUGGCGAUACAAUAUGUUACGGUCCGAGAGUUCUUGGUCGAAGUACAACAAUAACUUUGAGACAUACAUUGACAACUUCAGGUCCAUUGAAUAUACUACCUCCAUCGUUUAACGCACGAAGACCUUGGACAAUUCCAUCAAGAUUUGUCAAUCAAUAUCCACGAUCUCCUUGUCCUGAUGUCUUCCAAUAUGUGAGAGUUAAUGGAAAUGAUAUAGGUUUAAUAAGUAUCGAUCGGGUGACUUUUGGAGAAACUGUAAUAAAUAUCGAAUUAUCGCAACCAGGAUCAAUUCGUCCUGAUGCCGAAGGUCACCUCAGUUUAAACCUUGAUGAAGAUAAACUCUUAGACUAUAUAAGAUCAGGAAGACCAAUUAUUUACAGGGUUGAUUUUCCUCUUGAAAAUGUUGUUCCUGAAGUAAGUCACAUAACAGUCAAUGGUAGAACAGUAUGCUUUGGUUCAAGAGUUCCUUCACCAAGCACUCAAAUAUCAUUGAGAAAUUCUCUCUACGUUCCACCGCCAUUACAAGAUUCUCGAAUACAAAACUUUUUACCAGACUCAAGAGGUUUACCUUGGAGAACGAUUAGCAACUAUUCACGACCAUCAUUUGGAAAUUCUAACUUUCUCAGCUCUAGCCCUCGAUUUAAAAAACCGGAUGACGUUUAUUACGAACUUUCAGAACCCUUCUUCAAUGAUAAUCGUAAUAAUGACAUUUCGUUUCAACCCGCCGCCGAUGAAGUUAAACCACAAGUAACAACGAAUACGCCAUUACCGUUAAAAAUAUCUCCACCAACUACUACUAUCACUUCAACCUCUACCACCACUUCAGCACCGCAACGAACUACGACUACGACUACUUCUAUUAAACCAAACACAGAGGGUCCCGCAACAAUGGAAUACAUCAAUUCGGUGUGCGGUCGCGAAAACUUCCAUUUCACUGCUAAUUCGCUUGCAGUUAAUGGUCAAAUGAUACCUAGAGCAAGAUUUCCAUGGAUUGUGGCCAUAUAUAAAAAGAAUCCUCAAACAGUAUCUUUCCAAUGUGGCGGAAGUCUGAUUUCAACUCGGACUGUUAUCAGCGCCGCUCAUUGCUUUUAUUCGAAUUACGGGGUAAUCGAGAAUGAGAACAUCCUGAUAUCCUUAGGCAGGCAUAAUCUCACCGAUUGGACUGAUUCUCAUAUAAUUCAGAGUGAUGUGGAGACAAUUAUUCGACAUCCAGACUAUAGACCGGAACUUAUUAAUAACGAUGCAGAUUUAGCCGUUGUUCUACUAAAAGUUAUUGUAACGUUUUCACCAGCAAUACGACCAGUAUGUUUGUGGCAAGGACCUUUAAAUGUUCGUGACAUUGAUGGAGUAUCGGGAAUUGUUGUUGGUUGGGGCCGAGAUGAAAAUAACGUAAAUGUUACUACAACACCAAGAUUAAUCACAGCGAGUGUAGCUUCGGAGGUUGAAUGUCUAAGAUCAAAUGAUCAACUACGUUAUUUGACAUCAAAUCGAACUCUCUGCGCGGGUAAUCGUAAUGGAUCGGGUCCUUGUAAUGGUGAUUCUGGAAGCGGAUUAAUGAUUAGGAAUCGAAAUAAAUGGAUGAUAAGGGGAACCGUUUCUGCUUCCUUAACAACACCGCUUAAUCAAUGUAAUCUUGAUGAAUAUGUCAUUUAUACUGAUAUAGCGAAAUUUAUUGGAUGGAUUCAAGAAAAUAUGUUGCUUUAAAAUAAAAAAAUAAUACUUAAG